AUGGCUUCAGGAGGUUUAGGAGAGAGUACAGUGAUCCAGCUGGGCCUGAUCAAUGCAGAAGACAAGUAUUUGACCGCAGAAGCGUUCGGCUUCAAAGUGAACGCGUGCGCCACGUCCAUGCGUAAGAAGCAGGUAUGGACGCUGGAGCACGCCGACCAGACGGGAGAGUCGAGCUCGGUGUUCCUGCGCAGUCACCUGGGUCGCUACCUGUCUGCCGACAAGGACGGGAACGUGACGGCUGAGUGCGAGCGACCCUGCCAGGACUGCCGCUUCUGCGUGGUGGCGCACGCCGACGGCCGCUGGUCUCUGCGCUCCGAGGCGCACGGCCGCUACCUGGGCGGCGCCGAGGACCGCGUGCUUUGCUCCACGACCGAUGAGAAGUGGUGCGUGCAUCUGGCCACGCACCCGCAGGUCAACCUGUACAGCGUGGCGCGCAAACGCUACCUUCACGCGCAUCCCGGGCGCGGCGAACUCGCAGCGGACCGCGAUGCACCAUGGGGCGUGGGCUCGGUUCUCACCCUGGUGUACCGAGAGCGCCGCUACCACCUGCAGACCGCCGACGGCCGCUUCCUCGCCAGCACCGGCGCGCUGGUUCCUGAGCCACGGAACGACACUGGAUUCACGCUGGAGUUCCGCGCGGGCACCGUGGCGUUCCGGGACGCCGCAGGGAGAUACCUGGCGCCCUCCGGUCCGAGCGGCGCGGUCAAAGCCGGUAAAAGCGUCCGUGUUGGGAAAGAUGAUGCGUUCGUGCUGGAGAGAAGCCGCGGCCAAGUCGUGCUCACCGCCAGCAACGACAGGAACGUGUCCAUGCGUCAGGGCGUAGAUCUGUCAGCCAAUCAGGAUGAAGAGUCGGAUCAGGAAGUCUUCCAGAUGGAGGUGGACCAGGAGACGAAGCGCUGUGCUUUUAGAGCCUACAAUGGGAAAUACUGGAGUCUCACUCCAAGUGGCGCGAUCCAGUGCACUGCGUCUGAAAAAUCAGCCAGCUGCUUCUUUGAGUUGGAGUGGAAAGGAGCGAAGGUCACCCUCAAGGCCAAUAACGGCAAGUACUUAGCAGCCAAGAAGAACGGCCAGCUGGCAGCCUCCGUGGACUCUGCAGGUGAACAGGAGGAGUUUGUUUUGAAGCUCAUUAAUAGGCCGUUAAUAGUUCUGCGUGGGGAAGACGGCUUCAUCGGUUGCCGUAAGCAAGGCACCGGAACUCUGGACUCCAACCGUUCUUCCUACGACGUCUUCCAGUUAGAAUAUAACAACAACGCCUACUGUCUCAAAGACUCAACAGGAAAAUAUUGGAUGGUGGAGGCCGAUGGUGUCGUCGUGAGCAGCAACGCCACUCCGGUCUACUUCCUGUUCGAGUUCUGUGAUUAUAACAGAGUGGCCAUUAAGACACAGCAGGGCCUUUAUCUGAAGGGAGACCAUGCUGGGGUGUUGAAGGCUAAUGCACAGGGUAUCGCUAAUGCUACACUGUGGGAGUACUGA